CGAAUCUCCCUACGGGCCUCCGCAUCUCGCUGGACACCAGGGACUAGCGCUCGCGUCUCCGCGGUGGUGCUUCUUCCCGCUCUCGGCUUGGUGUUGCAGAUCAGACACCGCCUCUGGCCGCACGCCCAAAUAUUCUAUAAGCUACUCUCAUCAUGGGAGAAAUAGAGCAGAAGCCCACCCCAGCGUCACGUCUGGGGGCCCCAGAGAACUCGGGGAUCAGCACCUUGGAACGAGGACAGAAACCACCGCCCACACCUUCAGGAAAACUUAUGACCGUCAAAAUUCAGAUGCUGGACGACACCCAGGAGGCCUUUGAAGUUCCACAACGAGCACCAGGGAAGGUUCUGUUUGACGCCGUGUGCAAUCAUCUCAACCUCGUGGAGGGCGACUACUUCGGCCUGGAGUUCCCGGACCACAGAAAGAUCGUGGUGUGGCUGGAUCUCCUGAAGCCCAUUGUGAAGCAGAUUCGAAGACCGAAGCACGUCGUUGUGAAAUUUGUUGUGAAAUUCUUCCCUCCCGACCACACACAGCUCCAGGAAGAACUCACCAGGUACCUGUUUGCUCUGCAGGUGAAGCAGGACUUGGCUCAAGGCAGGCUGACGUGUAACGACACCAGCGCAGCUCUCUUGAUCUCACACAUUGUACAAUCGGAGAUUGGGGAUUUCGAUGAAGCUUUGGACAGAGAACACUUAGCAAAAAAUAAGUAUGUACCUCAACAGGAUGCACUGGAAGACAAAAUCGUGGAGUUCCACCACAGCCACAUUGGACAAACCCCGGCAGAGUCAGAUUUCCAGCUCCUGGAGGUGGCCCGUCGGCUGGAGAUGUACGGAAUCCGGUUACACCCUGCCAAGGACAGGGAAGGCACCAAGAUCAACCUGGCUGUCGCCAACACUGGAAUUCUAGUGUUUCAGGGCUUCACGAAGAUCAAUGCUUUUAACUGGGCCAAGGUGCGGAAGCUGAGCUUCAAGCGGAAGCGCUUUCUUAUCAAGCUGAGACCUGAUGUGAAUAGCUCAUACCAGGACACCUUGGAGUUCCUGAUGGCCGGCCGAGACUUCUGCAAGUCCUUCUGGAAAAUAUGUGUGGAGCACCACGCCUUCUUCAGACUCUUGGAAGAACCCAAGCCAAAGCCAAAGCCUGUCCUCUUCAGCCGAGGGUCAUCCUUCCGGUUCAGUGGUCGGACUCAGAAGCAAGUUCUUGAUUAUGUCAAAGAAGGCGGCCACAAGAAGGUGCAGUUUGAAAGAAAGCACAGCAAGAUCCACUCUACUAGGAGCCUUGUCUCACAGCCCACAGCACCGAAUUCAGAAGUGCCAAAACAGUCUCCACAGAGCGCAAGCCUUACGUUUGGAGAAGGUACCGAAUCUCCAGGUGGCCAGAGCUGCCAACAAGCAAAGGAAACAAAAGUCUGUACCUUGGAGUCGGGACCGCGCCAAAGCCCCGCCCUCCCUAAGAGCCCUCCAGGGAGCAAAGCUGCAGAGCAAACCACCGCAGUGCCGCCAGAGGAAGAGGAGGAGGAAGAGGGUGGCAAGGAUGGCAUCCGGCCAAGUAACCCUCAGCCCCCGCAGCCAAGCACAGGCUCCCUGACUGGUAGCCCUCACCUUUCAGAGCUGUCCAUCAACUCACAGGGAGGAGCCGUCCCGGCCAACGUGACCCUGUCUCCCAACCUGAGUCCUGACAACAAGCAGGCCUCUCCCCUGAUCAGCCCGCUCCUGAACGACCAAGCGUGCCCAAGGACCGACGAUGAAGAAGAGGGCCGGCGAAAGAGAUUCCCAACCGACAAGGCAUACUACAUUGCCAAGGAAGUCUCCACCACAGAACGCACGUACCUGAAGGAUCUCGAGGUCAUCGCUUCGUGGUUUCAGAGCACAGUCAGCAAAGAGGACUCUAUGCCGGAAGCCUUGAAGAGUCUCAUAUUCCCGAAUUUUGAACCUUUACACAAGUUCCAUACCAAUUUUCUGAAGGAAAUUGAGCAACGACUUGCCCUGUGGGAAGGCCGCUCAAAUGCCCACAUCAGAGGAGAUUACCAAAGAAUCGGGGACGUCAUGCUGAAAAACAUUCAGGGCAUGAAGCACCUGGCGGCCCACCUGUGGAAGCACAGCGAGGCCCUGGAGGCCCUGGAGACCUCCAUCAAGGGCUCGCGGCGGCUGGAACACUUCUGCCGAGACUUCGAGCUGCAGAAGGUGUGUUACCUGCCACUCAACACCUUCCUCCUGCGCCCGCUGCACCGGCUCAUGCACUACAAGCACGUCCUGGAGAGGCUGUGCAAGCACCACCCUCCAAACCAUGCUGACUUCAGGGACUGCAGAGCUGCGCUGGCGGAGAUCACAGAGAUGGUGGCACAGCUUCACGGUACCAUGAUCAAGAUGGAGAACUUCCAGAAGCUGCACGAGCUCAAGAAAGAUCUGAUUGGCAUUGACAAUCUUGUGAUCCCAGGAAGGGAGUUCAUCCGCCUGGGCAGUCUGAGCAAGCUCUCCGGGAAGGGGCUUCAGCAGCGCAUGUUCUUCCUGUUCAACGAUGUCUUGCUGUAUACCAGCCGGGGACUGACGGCAUCUAAUCAGUUUAAAGUCCACGGACAGCUCCCACUCUAUGGCAUGACGAUCGAGGAGAGUGAGGAUGAGUGGGGUGUGCCCCACUGCCUGACCCUGCGGGGCCAGCGCCAGUCCAUCAUCGUGGCUGCCAGCUCCCGGUCAGAGAUGGAAAAAUGGAUGGAGGACAUCCAGAUGGCCAUCGACCUGGCAGAGAAAAGCAAUGGACCCACCCCCGAGCUCCUUGCCAGCAGCCCCCCAGAUAACAAGUCCCCGGAUGAAGCCACAGCGGCGGACCAGGAGUCAGAGGACGACCUGAGCGCCUCUCGGACGUCGCUGGAGCGCCAGGCCCCUCACCGUGGCAACACGAUGGUGCACGUGUGCUGGCAUCGCAGCACCAGUGUCUCCAUGGUGGACUUCAGCAUUGCCGUGGAGAACCAGCUCUCUGGGAAUUUGCUGAGAAAGUUCAAGAACAGCAAUGGCUGGCAGAAGCUGUGGGUGGUGUUCACCAACUUCUGCCUGUUCUUCUACAAAUCACACCAGGACAGUCACCCCCUCGCCAGCCUGCCUCUGCUGGGCUACUCCCUCACCAUCCCUUCGGAGUCUGAGAACAUCCACAAGGACUAUGUGUUCAAGCUGCAUUUCAAGUCCCACGUGUACUACUUCAGGGCUGAAAGCGAAUACACAUUUGAAAGGUGGAUGGAAGUGAUCAGAAGUGCCACCAGCUCAGCCUCUCGGGCCCACAUCUUGAGUCACAAAGAAUCUCACCUGUACUGACGGCUGGACAUGCCCACUGGCUGGGCCAGCCACGGCUGCUUUCCUGGAGGAUAGAACGAAGCCUAGCGAAACCCACAGCUGUGUGAACACACUGAAGAUCUGCAGUGGUUCUUGCCCACUUCCCUUCACAGGCCUAUCUCCAAACAUUGUCCUUUCCAGUACUAAUCUCUUUGGACAGCCUUUCCCUCCAGGCCUAGGGGGUGGGAGGGCUUUGUCUUGCCAUUCUCCAGGGGCGCUUUAGUUUGUGCCAGUAUUGACACAUUGUCAUCAAGAGUGCCAAAUGACAGUCUCGCCCUGCAGCGUGGCCAGCGCAGGGCCACACAUCCGUUCACCGUGUCAGAGGACACAGCAAGUGAGCUUCUUUUCACCUGCAGACUGCUGUUUCCCAAGCGGAUUUUUCCAGUGUUCACAACACAUGGCGCAGUCUUAAGUAAAUGAGAUCAUUUUGGAUUUCA